AAACGCAUCAAUUUGUAUCUCAAGGCGUCUUGAUAAACGUCUUUUGAUUCAUUUCUUUUUCUCCAUUUUUUCUUUUCCUUCAAAUUUAAUCUUCUUCUUGUUAUAUUCAAGUCAAAUCAAAUCCACGAAAAUGAGAGAGUGCAUUUCAAUCCACAUCGGUCAAGCCGGAAUUCAAGUCGGAAAUGCUUGCUGGGAACUCUACUGCCUUGAACACGGCAUUCAGCCUGAUGGACAGAUGCCGAGUGACAAGACAAUUGGAGGAGGUGAUGAUGCCUUCAACACCUUUUUCAGUGAAACUGGUGCUGGAAAGCAUGUCCCUCGUGCCGUCUUUGUUGAUCUUGAGCCAACUGUUAUUGAUGAAGUGCGGACUGGUACUUAUCGCCAGCUGUUCCAUCCUGAACAGUUGAUCAGUGGCAAAGAAGACGCUGCCAACAACUUUGCUCGUGGUCAUUACACUAUUGGGAAAGAGAUUGUCGAUCUCUGCUUAGACCGUAUCAGGAAGCUUGCAGACAACUGUACUGGUCUUCAGGGUUUCCUUGUUUUUAACGCUGUUGGUGGUGGUACCGGCUCGGGUUUGGGCUCUUUGCUUUUGGAAAGACUCUCUGUUGACUAUGGAAAGAAGUCUAAGCUUGGUUUCACUGUUUACCCAUCUCCACAAGUCUCGACAUCGGUUGUUGAACCCUACAACAGUGUCCUCUCGACCCACUCCCUAUUGGAACACACUGAUGUUGCCAUCCUUCUGGACAAUGAAGCCAUUUAUGAUAUUUGCAGGCGUUCCCUUGACAUCGAGCGUCCUACCUACACCAACCUGAACCGUCUCGUCUCUCAGGUUAUUUCUUCUUUGACUGCAUCUCUGAGGUUUGAUGGUGCUUUGAACGUUGAUGUGACUGAAUUCCAGACCAACUUGGUUCCUUACCCAAGAAUCCACUUCAUGCUUUCCUCCUAUGCACCUGUUAUAUCUGCAGAGAAGGCUUACCAUGAGCAACUUUCUGUUGCUGAGAUCACCAACAGUGCCUUUGAGCCAUCUUCUAUGAUGGCCAAGUGUGACCCUCGCCAUGGUAAGUACAUGGCCUGCUGUCUCAUGUACCGUGGUGAUGUUGUUCCUAAGGAUGUUAAUGCCGCUGUUGCGACAAUCAAGACCAAGAGGACCAUCCAGUUUGUUGAUUGGUGCCCUACUGGAUUCAAGUGCGGUAUUAACUACCAGCCACCAACUGUUGUGCCUGGAGGAGAUUUGGCUAAGGUGCAGAGGGCUGUUUGCAUGAUUUCUAACUCGACUAGUGUGGCUGAGGUGUUCUCUCGAAUUGACCAUAAGUUUGACUUGAUGUAUGCUAAGCGUGCUUUUGUGCACUGGUAUGUUGGUGAGGGUAUGGAGGAAGGAGAGUUUUCUGAGGCUCGUGAGGACCUUGCUGCUCUUGAGAAGGAUUACGAAGAGGUCGGUGCAGAGGGUGGUGAAGAUGAUUGUGAUGAAGGAGACGAGUACUAGACAAGAGCGUUUGUCCUUUUGUUUGUGUGUAAGUGUGUUUGGAUUGUGAUGGAUGUUUCCUGUGUUUCCAAUGUGUGUUUGUAGCCAUGUAGCAAAAUAAUGACUUUUGGCAUCUGAUGUCUUUAAUCGUUGCUUGUUCUAUGAUCUCAUGUUGAUACUUAAUGCGAUUACAUAUUUACAUCAA